GGCGGACGUAUUCUAAAGUGACGCAAGCCUAACGCUUUACGGCAUGCGUUUUAUUAGAAUUUCCUCGAUUCAAAUUGUUUUAAAUUCAUUUAAAAAGUCAUCAAUAAACACAUGACCAAUUAGAGAAGUAGUUGCAACAUACUAGAAAAAUGGCACGCGAAUUUGAUCAUCUUUUCAAACUGCUGAUUAUCGGUGACAGUGGUGUCGGUAAGAGUUGUUUGUUACUACGAUUCGCUGACAACACAUUUUCUGGUAGUUAUAUCACUACUAUAGGUGUAGAUUUCAAAAUAAGAACUCUAGAAAUAAACGGUGAGCGAGUGAAGUUACAAAUAUGGGAUACAGCUGGUCAAGAAAGAUUCAGGACCAUAACCAGCACAUACUAUCGAGGAACUCACGGAGUCAUUGUUGUUUACGAUGUCACUAAUGGGGAAUCUUUUGCUAAUGUGAAGCGAUGGCUACAUGAGAUUGAACAAAAUUGUGAUGUCGUAAACAAAGUUUUGGUGGGAAACAAAAAUGAUUGCCCUUCAAGAAAGGUGGUUGUUACAGAAGAUGCACAGAGGUUUGCUAAUCAAAUGAAUAUACCUUUGUUUGAAACUAGUGCAAAGGAAAACAUCAAUGUGGAGGAAAUGUUCCUUACAAUCACUAAAAUGGUACUAAGGUCAAAAUUAGAAAUGAAGGAGAGACAAAAUGUGACCUCAAAUGAUACAGUGCACCUAAAAAGGAGUCACAAAACUAAGAAGAAAUGCUGCUAGUGGUUACAGGCAACGGCUCAGUGCCAUGGACGUUGCUUAUACUAUGCUCAAAUACCGAGAGAUAUGUUGCACAACCCUAGCAGGUGACUCAACACCAUAGACUAAUACUGUAUACCAAGGAGAAAUUAAUUAAUGUUGUCAUUGUAGGAUGCGAAAAUAUUUUUUUUACAUAUUUACUACAGAACAGCCCUUUACAGUGUAACUGAUUGCAGUAUAAAUACUUAGUUUGUAAUUUCAUUCAUGUAUCACAUAAUUUUAUUUUGUUAUAAAAUUAUCAGUUUUGUGUUACAG